AUGCUUCCUCCUCGCGCUUAUGUCUUCAUCGGUCUCAAUGGCAUUCGUAUCCUCAGUAUCAUCGCACUGCUUCUGGUAUUCAGCAGCAAUAUUGUCACGCUCUCCAACGACAUCAAAGCCGUGAACCGCUACAUGGCCGCGGGAAAGCAGAUCGCUGAUGGAACUUUGAAUUCGACACUGACAUCCACGGAAAUGAACAUGGAUUACAUCUUGGGAAGUACUGUGCCUAACCAGCCAGCGGGCGUCUUCUGGGCGGUUUUGAAUAGGCUUUUCAUUAUUUUCCAGGCCGUCGUGCUCAUCCUCUCUGAGCUCGGCUUCCCUGCCAAAUUCUUCAACCGGUAUUUCCCUAUUCUAGGGAAGGAUUUCGGUCUCGGUGCUUUGGGACUUAUUCAGAUGCUGAUCGGUGCUGCCGUGCUCUCCCACCACGUCGAUACGUUCACUCUUGUCUCUGCAUUCUUCCUCUUUGCAAUUGGCUGCCUGAACGUAUUCGCCGGUUUGAUCUUCCGCGAAUCCGCCAAAGUCAAACGGUCCAUCACAUCCUGGCGUGAGCAGGCGAAGAGCGCGAUUCCGACACACGUCGGGCCCGUCAAAAUUGCGCCGCUCGCGUCCUCCGUCCUGUCGAGCCCCCCGUCGUUUGUGUCGAACUUGUACACUGGGUCGAGCGACGCGUCCACGCAGAAGCCGACGAGUGAAAAGGACUCUAGGUUCGCUGGGUUUGGGUUUGGCAGGCAGGGCGAGAAGCAGGCGGCGCUGAAGGGAUAUUUGAUCUCGAAGCCUGUGGAAUCGCUCCCUCGGUACAUGCCCAAGCCUUCCGGAGGCUCGCUUUGA